AUGGAUGCCUCAAUGCUGUCGGGUCUUGUUGUAGUGCAAUCUGCUGCCGCCGAAUCUCCAACCGAAGAGCUAUACCGUCCCUUGACAGCUCCUCCUAAAACGCUCCCGAGAUCACACAUCAGCGGUCCUCAGAGAGAAUCAUUCGAUCUGCAUAACAUCCCAGUCCGCGAUGGCAACAAGUCGGAUGCUGUGCUCCCCAAUGCCGCAAACGACUUAGAGAUGAGUCGGCCCAACAGCCCCGACUCUAAUGUUGAAGCCGUUGAGGUUGUGCCAACCAUCUGGAACCCCUUUAUGAAUCGCUUCAGAAUUCUUUUUGGUUGCCUGGCCCAGUUGGGUAAUGCACUUAGCGAUAGUGCUGCUGGCGCUUUGAUUCCCUACAUGGAGAAGUACUACGAUAUUGGCUAUGCCACUGUGUCUCUUAUCUUCGUUGGUCAAGCCAUUGGCUUCAUUGCAGCCGCCGUAUUCCUAGACGUCCUACGAGAAAAACUCGGUCGAGCCAAGCUUCUCGGGUUGGCCCAGGCCCUUGUCACUCUGGCCUAUAUCCCCAUUAUCUGCGGAGCACCCUUCGUCGUUGUUGUUUUCUCGUUCUUCUUCAUCGGCUUUAGCAUCUCCGUCAACGUCGCUAUUGGCAACCUCUUCUUUGGUGGGCUCCGAAACGGAACAUGUAUGCUCGGUAUGCUUCAUGGCACUUACGGGAUAGGAGGAACUAUUGGUCCGCUCAUUGCUACUGCACUUGUCACGGUUGCUAAUGCAGUAUGGACUCGAUACUACAUCAUAACAUGCGCACUCGGUGCCUUGACUUUCGUCCUGGGAACCUGGUCGUUCUGGAGAUAUGAGAAGGAGCUGAGUCCCAUGGCGCGCCAGAGAGAGACAUCACAGGUGGGAGAGUUCAUGAUGAACAGCAUGUUUGUCGCCAUGAAGCUGCGCGUUGUCUUUUUGGGUUCGCUGUUUAUCUUUGCCUACCAAGGGGCUGAGGUUUCCAUUUCAGGCUGGGUGAUCUCUUUCCUUAUCAAUGAACGUGAUGGCGAUCCUUCUUCAGUCGGUUACGUUACAGCAGGCUUCUGGGCUGGCAUCACCAUCGGCCGGUUCGUCCUUUCUGCGCCCGCGCAACGAAUUGGCGAGAAGAAACUUGUGUAUGGCCUCACAAUCGGCGCACUGGCCUUUGAGCUUCUAGUCUGGUUUGUGCCUAACAUCGUGGGCAACGCUAUCGCGGUCUCUAUCGUUGGUCUUCUCCUUGGACCUAUCUACCCAUGCGCUGCAGCCGUCUUCCUGCGCAGUAUGAAUCGGCGCGAGGCUUUGAGCGGCAUCGGCACGAUUAGUGCUUGCGGAAGUGCCGGGGGAGCUGUUGCGCCCUUUAUCACUGGCCUUCUUGCACAGGCAGUGGGAACAUUUGUGCUUCAUCCGAUCGUGAUUUUCCUAUUCCUUGUCAUGUUGCUGUGUUGGUACUUUCUUCCUGCUGAUGACAAGAGAACAGAGUAA